CGCCGGAGAUCCGUGAUGCGGGGGUUCCUGGCGGCCAUCUUGGAUCUGCAGGCUGUUGUUUGGAAGAGAAAAAAAUUAAAAUUAAAAUAAUUAAUUAAAGCAGAAUAAAGGAAAAUAGAGGAGAAAACGCUAUAAACUCGGCUGCGUUCAGUGUGUCUGAAGGUAUGAAGAAAUUCUCCUAGUGCGAGCGUCAUGGCCGAUAAGAGGAAACUGCAAGGUGAAAUAGAUCGGUGUCUGAAGAAGGUUACAGAAGGUGUCGAACAAUUUGAAGAUAUUUGGCAGAAGCUCCACAACGCGGCGAAUGCAAAUCAGAAAGAAAAGUAUGAGGCCGAUCUCAAAAAGGAAAUUAAAAAAUUACAGAGAUUACGGGACCAAAUUAAGACGUGGGUGGCAUCCAAUGAGAUAAAAGACAAAAGGCAGCUAGUGGAGAACCGAAAAUUAAUAGAAACGCAAAUGGAGCGUUUCAAGGUAGUGGAGCGAGAGACCAAGACCAAGGCCUACUCGAAGGAGGGGCUGGGCUUGGCUCUGAAGGUGGAUCCGGCACAGAAAGAGAAGGAGGAAGUGGGGCAGUGGCUCACUAACACGAUAGACACUCUCAACAUGCAGGUGGACCAGUUUGAGAGCGAGGUGGAGUCCCUGUCUGUGCAGACGAGGAAAAAGAAAGGAGACAAAGAUGAGCGCAUUGAGGAGCUGAAGGGCUUCAUCGAGAAGCACCGGCACCACAUCUGCAUGCUGGAGACGAUCCUGCGCAUGCUGGACAAUGACUCCAUCCAGGUGGACUCCAUCCGCAAGAUCAAGGACGACGUGGAGUACUACGUGGACUCCUCGCAGGACCCCGACUUCGAGGAGAACGAGUUCCUGUACGACGACAUCGACCUGGAAGACAUUCCUCUGCCCCUGGUGGCUACCUCUCCUCCUGGCGUCUCGCACAUGGAGGAUGAAAUAUUCAACCAGUCGAGCAGCACGCCCACUUCGACAACUUCCAGCUCUCCCAUUCCUCCCAGUCCAGCCAACUGCACCACGGAGAACUCUGAAGAUGAUAAAAAGCGAGGCCGUUCAACGGACAGUGAAAUCAGUCAGUCCCCAGUAAAGAACGGCAGCACCAGCAGCAGUACCAGUAUCCCCAGCUGUGGCUCCAGCUCUGGCGCCGUCAUCACAGUAGGGGGUGGAGGAAGCGGCAGCAACAGCAGCAGCGCCCUGUUUCCUGUAGGGGGAUCCGGGAGCAGCACCAGCAGCACCCUGCUGGGGAACAUCAUCACCUCGAGCUCCCUGUCCCACACUUUCAACACCCAGUCCCCCCACCAGAACCCCAAAACAUCAAGCACUGCCACGGCCGCCUCCUCCCUCUCCCUCAACAGCCCCUCGUCCCUCAUGCUGCUCUCAAACUCGGCAGCAGGGGGCGCCAACACCAACAGCAUUUCAACCGCGAUGGCCAACCUGGGUGUCGUCGGCAGCAGUAUCAUUGGCUCUCACAGCAGCCUCAUGUCCUCCAGCAUGCAGCCGGGCAUAAUCGGAAAUAACGGGGGCAACGGCGGCUCGGGUCUGGGUCUGGGGUUGGGUUUAGGGCUGGGGAAGUCUGUCUCGGGCUCCAGUUUGGCUCAGCUGGCUGGCCUGGGUCUGGGUAAUAUAACGGGGAUGGGUGGAUUGAGCUCCAUGGGUCUGGGGGGCCUAGGCAACCCCCCCACCCCCUACGCCCAGGCUGCAGCUUCAGGGAACGUUGGCUUGAUUGGCGGGAACUCUAAUUCUAACAGUAAUACCAUGAUGGGGGUGUCCUCGGGGGGGCACGGGCCGAUCGGCAGCGCCCCCGGAGGCGGGGGCGGGAGCGGGGGCAGCAGUAACGGAGGAUCUGGGAGCAGCAGCAGCAGCAGCAGCAGUAGCUCGGCCCAGGGGGGAGCUGUUGGGGAGAGGGAGAGGAGCGCCAGCAGCAGCAGCAACAGCACAGGCAGCUCCAGCGGGAUUCCCGGGAGGCCACCUAGUGGACAGAAACAGAACGGCGCCACAAGUUACAGUGCAGUGGUGGCUGACAGCACUCAGGACUCUGCCCUCAAUAGCACAAGCCAAUCACAGAGCAGCCAGCCUGGCUCACACAACACACCAGCCAAUGCAGCGAAGGAGAGUGUCGGUGGCUCCCAGUUACCCAGUGUGACUGGUUCCAGUUCAAACUCCAGUUUACUGGUCCAGAUGCCCAUCAACCCUCCCAGCUCACCCAGUCCCAGUUUCAGCGAGACCAAACCGAGCCAGAACCUGCUGAACGGACCUCUCAACUACACGCAGCCGGAGAUCAAGCCUCCAGAGCCCCUGAGCUCCUUGAAAUCGAUGGCUGAACGAGCAGCACUGGGGUCAGGACUGGAAGAGCAGAUCCCGUCACUGCGCCUCACAGACCGAGACCUGUUCUCCAGCUCCACAGCGCCCCCCGGAGGCCCGGCUGUGCCCCCGCAGACCCAGCUCUCGGAGGUGAACAUCCCUCCCUCACUGGGAGUGUGUCCGCUGGGGCCGGUGCCCCUGUCCAAAGAGCAGCUGUACCAGCAGGCCAUGCAGGAGUCGGCCUGGACACACAUGCCUCACCCCUCGGACUCGGAGAGGAUACGGCAGUAUCUGAUGAGGAACCCCUGCCCGACCCCGCCCUACCAUCACCAAGUGCCUCCACCGCACUCGGACUCUGUGGAGUUCUACCAGCGCCUGUCCACAGAGACACUCUUCUUUAUCUUCUACUACCUGGAGGUACAGUACUGUGGUACGAAGGCUCAGUAUCUGGCAGCUAAAGCCCUGAAGAAGCAGUCCUGGAGGUUCCACACCAAGUACAUGAUGUGGUUUCAGAGACACGAAGAACCCAAAACCAUCACGGAUGAGUUUGAGCAGGGGACGUACAUUUACUUCGAUUACGAGAAGUGGGGACAGCGCAAGAAGGAAGGGUUCACCUUCGAAUACCGAUACUUGGAAGACCGGGAUUUACAAUGACUGAGCCGCAGAAAUCCGGGGAAAAACCAGGAGAUGCACCGGAAUAUCGCAAUGGGAAUAUGAGCAAGAGGGUGGGGUGGGGGGGGGAGAGAGAGUGAACAAAGAAAUAACUGCACAGCUACACUGAACUAAACAGAGAACUCCAACUUCAGAGUCCGUUUGAGCAGGGAGACCACACCCGCCUGUCCUGUCUGUCUGCCUGCCUGCCUGUCCGCAGGGGAUUACCAGAAGAUGAACCAGGAGGAUUCGGAGGAGAGAAAGCUCAGUUUUUGCUCCUUGGUUUGUGUCCGGGAGGGAAAAAAAAGAUCAAAAAAAGUCAAAAUAUUACCGUGACGUUUAUGUGGUUGUAUUAUGCCCUUCUGCAGAAAUAGUAAUUUAACACUUGUCUUUUUCUGUAGUUUUCUGCUAAUGCUUCACUACUUGAUGUAGUUCUUUUUGUAUGUUGUUCUUGCUCGGAGUAGAGCCUGAUUUUUAAGCGUGAAUCUUAAACUGCCUUACCCAACAUUAGGUAGUCCAAGAUUGGUGCUAAUUGUACUCCUGUUUUUGACUGCAUAGACAGCGUUGUAUCAUCCACUCGACAAACAUGACAAAACAGAUUCUUGCAAUAUCUCUGCAUUUACCAGAUCAAGGCAAACACAGAAUGGCUUCUUUUUCAAUUCAAACGCAAUUCCAAUCAUUAUUACACUCCUUUGUAAACGCCCUUUUUAGCUUGGCAAAAUGUGCUGCUGGUUUAGCUGGGAAUGCAGGAAGUUCAAUGAGAAGCUCCAAGAAGUUUGAAUACAGAUGGAAGUGAAGACCCAAAUGAGUAAUGAAAAUGAUCGAAAGACACAAGCACCAAGUAAAGCAGCAUACGUUCUCUUCAUACAAUACCAGCAAACCCUUACAACAAAUUUAGCUAAGCAGAGGACUGAUUAAAUAUCCAUCCUACUUUAUCAAGACCCUUAAACGUCAGGUUACAGCAAACCAGCUUACUUUAUUAUUCCAAUUGGAACCGAGUGAUCGUCCCACUGCGGUGGAGAAUUAUGAAAGAUAGGACUCGACUCAAAAAUUAAACUCAAGUUAAAAACGUUUAGAGAUGAAAUCCAGUUUCAUAUACACGUUUUAUAGAGUGUAUUUUACUGUACGACAGAUCUUGCUCAGUUUGGGCUGUCUGCUCAAACCAUGCCAAUGAUGCCUCUUCUAAUACGAGACCUGCGAGUUCAUAACUGAUGAAUCAGAAAGCUGAGGCGGCCGACUAUUAAACUCUGAUUGUGCUUUCAAACGUUCUAGGUACAUUUCUCUUAAUACUUCAUUAAAGUUUGUAGACUGUUGGUUUCUUUAACCUCAGACUAGAACAGCUUACUGAGUAUUGCAUUAAUUCCUUUUUUUUUUUUUUUUGUAAAAUACUUGGGCAAGUUUUCAGGCAACCUUUUAUUUUGAUUUAUCUGCAAGUAAAGGAACAUGGCUUGUGUGUUAUGGAAGAACGUCUUCUGAAGUGAUCUGUUUAUUCCCCUAAAUCCAGUGCAAAUGCAGCACUACAGAAAACUGCUAAACAGACAAGCUGGGUACAAAACCGCAACUUUUGGGAAAGGGCAUGAACCCAUAAAAUAUCAAUGUGAAUAUUCUGACCUUUUUUUUAUUAUUAUUUUUCCCAGUUUUUUUUUUUUUUUCCCCCCUCUCAACGGACCGUGGAUCAAAAGUGGGUCGUCCCUCCUUGUUUGAGAGACGCGAUUUUAAAAAGAAAUAUGAAUAGCGAGGAAUUCAGCAAGAGAACGAUGGUCUUUUUGUUUUUUUGACAGUUCUUUUGUUUUUUUAUUUUAUUUUUUUUUUAAAUUCCGUUUUGGAAAGAUCGCCCGAAAAAAAUGAGGGCUAAAGAAAGACCACGUAAAUAAAUAAAUAACUGAAAGUAAAUGGCUGUAUCAUAAUAAAAGAGUUAAUUUUCAAAGACUUACA